AAAGUUGGUAUAUAUCCGCAAACCCUUCUUUUCUAGAGAAAAGUAUUCGAAGAGUCACUGACUAAAUGGCUAUAUAAACACAGAUCUAUACUUACACAGAUAUUUUUUAUAAUCGAAAUGGAAAAAGCUUCUCUUACAGCAACUGAAUCUUCUUCUACUACAACUACUGGUAACAACAACAAUAGUAGUGGUAAGAGAGAUAGAGAUCAGUUCCUCAAACAUGUCAACAAGCUCUCUCAUAAAAUUUCUAAGCCUAAAAAGACCACUAUGUUUGAUAAUAAUUACAACUCUGCCACUCUUAAUGAGAUGAUUGAGGAGAAGGGCGUGGAGCGAUCUCAGCCGUUGGUUCAGCCGCUGGUUAUGAGUCAGACUCAAUCGCAGCCGUUGAAUCUGCACCAGCCGCAGCAGCAGCAUCAGCCGCCGGUUUAUAAUAUUAAUAAGAGUGAUUUUCGCGACGUGGUUCAGCAGCUGACCGGUUCGCCGGCUCACGAGCGGUUCAAUACGCCGCCGCCGAUUCAAGCGCCGAAGCCGACGAGUUCGCGGCUGCAGAAGAUCCGGCCGCCGCCGUUGCCGCAAAUCAACGCGCCGCCGCCGAUGAACCCUAGCUUUCUCCGGCAGCCGUUGUCGCCGCUUCCUCCGUUUCCGUCGGUUCACACCGCCGCGGAGUCGCCGAUCUCGGCGUACAUGCGGUACAUUCAAAACGCGAACUUUCCGUCGCCACGGUGGAAUAACUUCGCUGCGCCGCCUCUGCCGCCUGAGAAUAUAGCGCCGGCGUCGUCAAUCCAAUUCCCGACGCCUUCGUCGUCUUAUGGCUGUAUACCGUCUCCGAAAUCGCCGUAUCCUUCGCCGCUAGGGUUUCCUCUUUCGCCUUCAGUUUCGAGCCCGAGAUGGAAAGGGAAUUGAGAGAUUGCGUAGUUUGAUGGUAAGGCUUGUAGGAGGUUAUAAAAUGAUAUAGAAUUAUCAAUUAUGUUUGUUUGUUUUUUGUAAAUUUUAUCAGGGAUUUUAAGUAUAUUUGGUUGCUCUAUAGUUUUAAUUAGUGUUUUGUAUAUCGAAAAUCGACUUUGGAAACAGAAGUUUAGAUGUGGUUUAGCAUUUUCGGUUUGAUAGUGUUGUUUAUGAUAGUUUCAAACUUGUGUUUUGGUGGAUGUAAUUCGACUGUCCUUUGGUAUAAAGUUAUUGCCUUAUUCUUGCUCUUGA